GGGCGCGGUACGAGGCGGUAAUGAGGCUAAAUUGCGAGCGACUCACUCGACAAAAACGCGCGCAAAACGCACACGAAACGCGUCAAUGGAACAACAGGUGCUUGAAGUGCUCUCUCAACUCAACUCUCCCUCUCUCUCGGUGUGUGGUAAAGCUCUCUCUCUUUUAGACAUGCGCUGCGCAGUUAGUACGCUUGAAGUACGAACUAAAUCGCACAUCCUGUUGAAUCGCGUCGUUGGGCUUCGAAAUUAGUCGCGUAUGAAAUCGCUACAAAAUUUGUUGCAUACCGUACGGCGCUGGCAAAUGAACGCACGGCAUUCCUUGGCAUUCCCGCUCGGCACGCUCGAGAGAGUUCGCUUCGUGCGUGCCUCUUAACGGACAGUCAACGUUCAGCCUUCAAUUCGCACAGUUCACAGUUCGGCGCGGCAACAGCAGCAGCAGAAGCAGCUCCCAAUAGUUCCCAACACAAGCAGCAACAAUAGAGGCAACGUGUGUGUGUGUGCCUGCCUGCGUGAGUGUGUGUGUGUGUGCGAGUGAGUGUGCGUGCGUGUGUCGAUCAAUCGUUAUCGCUGUUAUCGCGCGGGAAAAGCAAAAGUAAACUCAAAACGUCAAAUCGAUUCAUAUCACGUUUCUCGACUUUUUCUCUGUUUGUCCAAUUUGUGUGCCCAAUUUGAUAAUUGGCGUGAUUGCUCCGCAAGGCGUGUCCAGACUCAGUACAACAGCAACAGCAACAAAAAACAAAAAAAACAUAGUCACGUCUUGGCCUAAUAACAAAUGACUGUGCAUUCGGGUAAAGCUGUUGAAAAUAUGCAAUUUCCGCUUGUGCAAAAUGUGGCAUGACGUUGUUGACUAGGCGACGAUUUGCGUUUUGCAUGGCAAAUGGAAAAUGCAUUUGCUGCAUGAAGCAGCAGCAGCAGCAGCUUCUUCUUCUGUGUUUGCUUGGACCGCCCACAGUGAAAAGUGCUUUAAAUGCUUAUCGAUGGCACAUUUGCUGAAAUACAAAUAAUACAAACUAGGAAUGCCAUGCUCCAGUUGCCUGCUGAAUUGUUGUCGACGAGAUUGAAAAGCGUACCGACUCAACCACAACCAGCAACAGCAGCAACUGCAACCGCGACAAUAGCAUAGGCACUGGGACUUUGGUCAAGUGAUUGUGUGCUCCAAAUUCCCAUUUCAUUUAACUUUCCCCUCGAGGCAACCAUCAAACCAAAAAGCAUUCACAGCAUGACAAAUGCCGUGAGCGCCGCAACGGCCAUUGCAGCACUUGCCGCAGCUGCAGCGGCAGCAACAGCAGCAGCCAGCAGUCAAGGCAGCAGCAUCAGCAUCGGCAGCAGCAGCGUUGGCGGUGGCAUUGGCGGUGGCAUCAUCAAAGCCACCAACCAUAGCUUGCAACUAUCCAGUGAGGAUGCUGGCAAUGGCAGCAACCGUCGCAACCACAGCACGCUGCUAUUGGCCGCCGAUCACCUGCCGCUUCAGCUGACAACUGCGAAAGUGGAUCAGGAUUUUGAAAUCGACAUUCAACUGCUGACAAAUGGCUAUGACGGCACCACGCUGACAUCGUACUACAAUGAGACGAGCUGGACAAAUGCCUCUGAAAUGGAUACAAUAGUUGGUGAGGAACCGGAACAGCUCUCACUUGUGUCAAUUGUAGUUGUUGGCAUCUUUUUAUCGGUGCUGAUAUUCCUUUCGGUUGCCGGCAACAUCCUCGUCUGUCUGGCCAUCUACACGGAGCGCAGCCUGCGACGCAUUGGCAAUCUGUUUCUGGCCUCAUUAGCGAUUGCGGAUCUCUUUGUGGCCUCACUGGUGAUGACAUUCGCGGGCGUCAACGAUUUGCUCGGUUAUUGGAUCUUUGGUGCAGAGUUUUGUGAUACUUGGGUGGCCUUUGAUGUCAUGUGCUCGACGGCAUCUAUUUUGAAUCUGUGCGCCAUAUCAAUGGACCGUUACAUACACAUCAAGGAUCCGCUCAGAUAUGGCCGCUGGGUGACACGACGCGUUGCUGUCAUUACUAUUGCAGCCAUUUGGCUGCUGGCGGCAUUUGUCUCCUUUGUGCCCAUCUCGCUGGGCAUUCAUCGACCCGACCAGCCGCUCAUUUUCGAGGAUAAUGGCAAAAAGUAUCCCACUUGUGCGCUGGAUCUAACGCCCACAUAUGCCGUCGUCUCCAGUUGCAUCAGCUUCUACUUUCCCUGCGUCGUCAUGAUUGGCAUCUACUGUCGACUCUAUUGUUAUGCCCAGAAGCAUGUCAAGUCCAUCAAGGCGGUGACACGACCGGGCGAGGUGGCCGAAAAGCAACGCUACAAGAGCAUACGACGACCCAAGAAUCAGCCAAAGAAGUUCAAAGUGCGCAACCUGCAUCACAGCUCGCCGUAUCACGUCUCAGAUCACAAGGCAGCGGUCACAGUGGGCGUCAUCAUGGGCGUCUUUCUCAUAUGCUGGGUGCCGUUCUUCUGCGUCAACAUUACGGCUGCCUUCUGCAAGACGUGCAUCGGUGGUCAGACAUUCAAGAUACUCACCUGGCUGGGUUACUCGAACUCCGCCUUCAAUCCGAUCAUCUACUCGAUUUUCAACAAGGAAUUCCGCGAUGCAUUCAAGCGUAUACUGACCAUGCGCAAUCCGUGGUGUUGUGCCCAGGAUGUGGGCAACAUACAUCCGCGCAAUAGUGAUCGCUUCAUCACGGACUAUGCCGCCAAGAAUGUGGUUGUGAUGAACUCGGGACGUUCCAGCGCCGAGCUCGAGCAGGUGUCUGCGAUUUGACCAAAACGCUGCAGCAAUGCCAGCGGUUGGCUGCUCUGCGGCUGCUGUUGUCCUGGCAGCGGUCUCAAUGUGGAUGAUGAUGACGAUGGCGCACUCACCACCCGAUAUGUUCCAUGAGAUUCGGUCGCCGCGGCCACAACGACCAUCGUGGAGACCAUGGAGGCCGCGCAAAUGGAAACCGAGCUGGUCUAAAGUCGACGAUCAACAACAACAACAACAGCAACAGCAACAACACAAAAAUUGGGUUCCUAAACGCAACUGCGAAGCAAUCCCAAAGCUUAUUCCAGAUCCUAAUGAAACUGAAACCAAAAUAAGAACAAAAUGAAAACCUGUAAGUAUUAUCAGAAGAGCGCAUACUAGACAAUUAAGCAAUCUACUAACUAAUGUGUGUAUACUUAAUACUUAAUCAUAGCAAUAAGUCGAAAACUAAACUAAACUAAAGUAAAGUAAAGAAGGAAAGGAAAACCAAGUCGUGAUUAGGUCUAAGAUCCACCUCACUGAAGAGCUUCUAAAUAGUUAAACUGUUACCACUUAUUGUUUCCUUAUAUGUGUACGACUACCACACUACUAUUAUCUAUGGUCAGGUCAGGGACCGUGCUAUCAAUUACCGUUAACAAACGGUUGCUCCAAAUGGCGACCGAAAAAGAGCUAACGAAUUUCUUUGACUUUUCCGCCAAGGAGCAGCUGUUAUGAUGUUAUUAUUAUUGCAAAGCCAAUGACAUAAUUCACAAUUGGACAACAAAUACCCAAACACACAUACACACACACUGCACACAUACACGCGCUCGCUUCGUUUUAUUCGCAACAGUAAAAAAAUGUAGCAUACAACGCGGCGAAUUGCGAGAAAUGCCAGACAAAAGCAUUAGAUUUGAAUUAUUAAUGGGAAUUUAUGGCCAUCGAACAAAGUGCUGCACUCUCCACUUCACUCCACUCCACUCCAUUCCACACUCGUUAAGCCAUUGAGCAUACCGACAUUGCAGAGUCAUAAAUCAUUCAAAUUAAUAACCAUUUACGGGGCAUAACAAGUAAAUGUUUUCAUUUUAAAGCCACGGAUCAAACGACAAACGCAAUGCAGAUACAGAUGCCAUGUAACUGAACUGAACUGAGAUUUUCGCUGUCU